GGCUGAAGGUGUGAAUGAAAGAACCAUUCAGGCUGAGCCCCCCUCCUGGCCUUAGAGAUGAUUUCCAGGCUGCAGCUUACAGGAGUUUGGGUCAGCACCAAAGCCUUCUCCUUGUUCUGGAAUCAGCUCUUGGACAAAUGAAAGCCACUUCCAGUGUCCUCAGCUGAACAUCCAGCGCCCUUCCUGAUCCCUGAACUUCCCUCUUUGCUUCAUGCACAUUUACUUAGGAAAAGAAAGUAGCGAGUGUCGACAGAUCCGUGCAGAUGUCUUUAAUCAGCUCCAAAAUGUGUAAGAAUGGCACAAAGAAGCAUAAUAAAGUCAUGUGUUUUAUUUUAACACUCUUGCAGGGUCAAGAGCCAAAUUGUUUCGGCUGCGUUUGGUUCUUGAAGCUGUUACAGGAUCUCGCCAUAAGUUUUUCCAUGAUUACGAGCCAUGCAAGAACAGAAAGUAGGGUUUGACCCAGUGUUUAAAUACCGUGAUUUGCAAGGGCUUUGAAGCUGCGCUGCCUUACAAUGAAGACUUAAGUAGUAAUUAAAUUCCCGAAGAUCCGCCAAGACUCCUCCGGCUGCGAUGGGGAUGUUCCGUGCCCGGGCUGCGGCGGCACGGGGGGAAGGAUGCUUGAACAGGACUCCGUCAAAGCAGCGAAGACUUCCGUAAGACAUGGAUAGAUGCAAACAUGUUGGGCGGCUACGACUCGCCCAGGACCACUCCAUCCUGAACCCCCAGAAGUGGCACUGCGUGGACUGCCAGACCACGGAGUCCAUCUGGGCCUGCCUGAAGUGCUCCCACGUGGCCUGCGGGAGGUACAUCGAGGAGCAUGCACUUAAACACUUUGAAGAAACCAGGCACCCCUUGGCCAUGGAAGUGAAUGACCUGUACGUCUUUUGUUACCUUUGUGAAGAUUAUGUCUUGAAUGAUAACCCGGAGGGUGAUUUGAAACUGCUGAGAAGUUCCCUGUCAGCGAUUAAAAGCCAAAAGCAUGACCCAUCCACAAGAAGCGGCAGGACGCUGCGGUCGAUGGCUUUGGGGGAGGACGUGUGCGGCCAUCAGAGGAGCCCUCAGGGACAGUCUCAGAUGCUGACAGCCCUCUGGCACAGGCGCCAGUCCUUGCUGGCGAAGGCGCUGCGGACCUGGUUCGAGAAGAGCUCCAGGGGCCAGCGGAAGCUAAGGGAGAAGCAGCAAAGGGAAGAGCUGGAGAAGAAGAAGGAGGCGGCGAGGCAGCGGCGGCGGGAGAUGAAGAGGCAGCUCCUGGAGGAGCUGGCGAACGCCCCUCCCAGGAAGAGCGCGAGGCUCUUGUCUCACGUGCGCAGGGAGAGCUUGAUUCCAAGGAAGUUCAGGGAGGUGGCGACCGCUUCCCCUACCUCAAGGCAGAUGCAGAGCAGCAGAUUGAAGCAGUUCUAUUCCAUCCGCCGCAAGCCGCUCAUGACCCCCGGGGUGACGGGUCUGAGGAACCUGGGGAACACGUGCUACAUGAAUUCCAUCCUGCAAGUGCUGAGUCACCUCCAGAAGUUCAGAGAAUGUUUUCUGACGCUCGAUCUCUGUGAAACGGAAGAGCUCUUGGCUAAAACUGUGAAUGGCAAGUCCAGGAUGCCCGGCAGGUUGGCAAACGGGGCUGCUGCUAACGAGGCAGGGAAGACUGACAAAGUGGGAUCAUAUGGCACGCAGAGCUUGCCAGCUGGCUUAAAUGGUGGCUCCUCCAUAAGCAGGAGUUUGGAACUGAUACAGCCCAAGGAGCCGAGCUCAAAGCACAUCUCCCUGUGUCACGAACUGCACACCCUCUUCAGAGUGAUGUGGUCUGGCAAGUGGGCGCUCGUGUCCCCCUUUGCCAUGCUGCACUCUGUGUGGAGCCUGAUCCCGGCGUUCCGAGGGUACGAUCAGCAGGACGCUCAGGAAUUUCUCUGCGAGCUCUUGGAUAAAGUGCAGCAGGAGCUGGAGUCGGAAGGAACGAAGCGCAGGAUCCUCAUCCCUUUCUCGCAGAGGAAGCUCACCAAGCAGGUCCUGAAGGUGGUGAACACCAUUUUUCAUGGGCAGUUGCUUAGUCAGGUCACCUGCAUAACAUGCAACUACAAAUCCAACACUGUGGAGCCCUUCUGGGAUCUUUCCCUGGAAUUCCCCGAGCGCUAUCACUCCAUGGAGAAGGGGAUUGUCCCUGUUCACCAGGCAGAGUGCAUGCUGACAGAGAUGUUGGCCAAGUUCACCGAGACCGAGGCGCUGGAAGGGAGGAUAUACGCGUGCGACCAGUGCAACAGCAAACGGCGAAAGUCUUCUCCUAAACCCCUUGUUCUGAGUGAAGCUAAAAAGCAGUUACUGAUCUACAGACUACCUCAGGUCCUCCGGCUGCACCUUAAACGAUUCAGGUGGUCUGAACGUAAUCACCGCGAGAAGAUUGGGGUCCAUGUCCUCUUUGACCAGGUAUUAAACAUGGAACCUUACUGCUGCAGGGACUCUCUCUCCUCUCUUGACAAAGAGACCUUUGUCUAUGACCUCUCCGCUGUGGUGAUGCAUCACGGGAAAGGGUUUGGCUCAGGACACUACACAGCAUAUUGCUACAACACAGAGGGAGGUUUUUGGGUCCACUGCAAUGACUCCAAACUGAAUGUAUGUAGUGUGGAGGAGGUGUGCAAAACCCAGGCCUACAUUCUGUUUUACACUCAAAGAACAGUGCAGGACAAAGCAAGAAUCUCAGAAAAACAACUCCAAGCUCAGGUGCCAUCCAGACACAGUGAUAAUAAGGACAGAAGAUUGACAUUCCCAUGAUGGGGAGCUCCGUGACUCAACCAACAGCCUCCGUUUCCUUUACAGCCAUUGGCGUUCACAUCUUUCCUCUUUGUAGGAAAAAAGGCUCGCUGUGGGAAGGGGAUCAGCUCUUGACAUUGGCCACCCAGGGUCUGGAAAAGCCUGUCGAGCUGUGCCGUUCUGACACGUAAGGUUGCAGUCAGGAUCUUGUUUAGAAAGCAUCUCGUCGUUCAGUAUGCUCCCAGAAUGAAAUGGGAAGGUUUGAUGCUGUGUAUCCCUCAUCUCAAAAAGGAUGUGGGUAAGGCGUGUAAGAGCUGAGCACAACCAGGAUACUGAAGCAUUCAGCUGGCUUCAAAAACCUUCACUACCUGGUAAUGGUGAUAAAACUGCAGAAGGAGCAGGUACAGUCCCCUCCCCUUCAGUCGCUGUUCACAUUGCCAAGGUUUGAAACGCAGAUCACCCAGGUAUGUGUUGGGACAGUUGUUGGAUAGAUGGAGUUGACGGCCCUCAGAGCUGUUCUUGCUAGAGAAAUGUUAAAUGUUCUUCAACCAGGGAUAAUACUGCCCCGGGGCCUCAGCAGUCUCUGGGAUACCAAGUUCUUUGCCAUCCGUUGAGGGCAAACCCACGGUGGGCAAGCUUUGUCAGCAGCUCCUCUCCUCUGUUUCUGGGGCUGUGUGCACCCUCGGUGGUUUGUUCUCCGGGCUGAACUGAACCGGCAGCUAAAUUCACAAGGAAUGUGAUUUAAAAAACAGUUCUGCUCUGGAAAAAAAAAAAAAAGUCUGUUUAAAACACAAAACUCGGUCCUAAACCAGGAAUGUAGCAGUGUGUCAAAUCUGUUUACAGUGGCAGCAAAAACAAAGCCUGUGCUGCAGGCUUCUGCUGCCAUAGCUUGGUCGUCAGGAUGACAGAGGAGCCUGAGCCCUGGCUGUGACAGCAGGAGCGGGUGGCACGGAGGCAUCUUACACUGGCAAAGUAGCACUUUCAUACAAGCGUGGCAUGUUUUCCUUAGGGGAACAGGCUGGUGGUGAGACCACAGCAGUGAGAGGCUGCUCCUAUUGCUCCUCUAAGGGGAAUGGCCACGGAUUGCAGUUGUCACACAAAGGAGGCUGUGCAGAGCUCAGCCUGCGCCGUCUUUGUUUCUGCUGGGCCAUAAAGGGAAGGAAUGUACUUCAAUGUCAAAUUCCACGUCGGGUUUGAAAGGCAACGAAAACGUCUGUAUGUGUGGUCGUCUUGGGUCUGGAAUUCUGUGGGAAGCACGGGGCCUUAGCUGACUGUUGACAGUCACUUCUCAGCCUACAGUUGCGCCUCAGGUGUGGUUUUCUAAGUCGGGGUUUGGCGGUUCACAUGUCAUGUUCAAAUCUGAACCCUCUAAGGAGGCACGAUGUGUGUCAGUCUUCAUGGUCUGGGGGGGGGUUUAAAGGUGAAAUAACCUCAAAAAUGAGCUGCUUAAAAACCGGUUCCAUUUUCAGGUAGAGAAGUUGUAAAAGUGUUUCUCUUCCUCCCUCUUUUUCUGCUCUUAUCGGUAUUUAUCCAUCACACACACACCCUGACAACCUCAUGCUGGUGGUGGAAGGGGGAAGAGGUAAGUCUCCCAAACGCUGUUCCUCCAUUUCCACUGCCACUACUGGGACUGUUCUGUCCUGUGGGCGCAUUGGUCUGUGCUGCUGUGGCUGCUGUUCCUCGCUGCAGCCGUGCAGGUGAACACAGCGAGCAGAGCACAGUGUGGUGCUAGGUCUCUGUCCUUGAGGUUCCCCAUUUCCCGUGUGUCUGAGCAACGUGCUGCUUUUUGAGGCACCAAAACCUGUCUUUUUUUGGCAAUUCGGUCUCGUUUUGACAUCAUGGGCUCGAAUUCUGUUGGAAACAAGACAGUUUUAAACCAGUUCCCAUAGGACUCUGUCAGAAGUUGUAGUUCUGGUUCUGUAGAUGUAGCAGCGUCUGGAGGGAUUUCAGUGAAUGUCUUUGUAGCCUUGUAUUUACUCAGUAGGGAAUUUACUACCAGUGAAUAAAAUGCAAGAGGCUAAAUUGCAACCCAGUAGCAGUUAAUUGUGGCUGCUGACUGCAGGGGAGGCUGAGUUGGCUUCAGCGCAGGUAGGAGUUGACAUUCCUGGAAGCAUCAGAAUCUUGGGAUUAUCAGACACAUGAUGGGUUCUUUUCUAGAGCUCUGGGAACGCUGUGUGUCAAAAAGAGAAUUCAAGGGAAAAGCAGUGCUUAAAAUUGCCUUUUUCAUCUUAGAGGUGGAAAGGAAAACUGGUAUUUUUCCCAUGCAUCCAUCCUUCCAGGCCUGUCCGCUCUUAAAUACGAGGAUUAUAUUCUCCUAAGUGGCAGUCACAGUUUAGUGUGGCUACCAAAUGCACGUUCCCUCUGAGUCCCUCAGUCCUGUGGGUGUCAAACUCAACAGGAAAGCAAACCUUAGUGCAGCAUCCAUUGAUCCUGCAGGGAGCUGAGGCUCUCUGCUGUGGUGCUCAUCUUUUGACUGAGUGUUUGGCAUUAAGAGUUGAAUUCAGUUGUCACACGAGGCGAGGGGGAGGCACAUUUGGUAGCGUGUGCUGGUGACACCUUUUGACAUGAGUGGCCUCUCCAUGUGUCAUCAGUUCGGUUGUGCUGAGAUGCAGGGAUACUGCAGUCAGAAAGUGAUUGCCCUGAUAAGGAAGGAAUGAAUUUAUACUUCAAAGGAUCUAAACUUGCUUUUUCCAACACUGUGAGGUUUCUGUAAUAUUCAGCUUUUAUUUGGAAGCGAGAGCGUAUAGCAUGUUUUAUGCUGUUUGGUUUAUAUUUGUCUACUGCAGGCUUCUUUAUAUAAGCAUAGCCCAGUGCUCCCUCCGUGGUGGACACUGUUUUAUAGUGUCCUGCUUGCCAGAAAUUCGGAUUGGAAGUUACCUCUCUACAUCAGUAAGAUGAAGGUGCUGUAUCAUUAGGCUGUAAAGCAAACUUUGUCCCUCCUGUAAUGGUAUGGCUUCAAAUCCUGGUAAUAGAUUGAUGUCUAUUAGAAUAACUCCAGGCUUAGGCUCUGCUCUUGCAAAUACACAGGCAGGUGACAUGACUUGACUGGAGUCAGUGGUUGCAACAUGAGUUCCAAGCUGAGUGUCUGCAGCACAAAAACCUUGCUUUUGGUACAACUGGGAGCAGAAUUGGUUUCUCUGUGCACUGGGAUUUCCCAUACUGGGGUUCCAGUCCUGUAGCAAGGAGUCAUUUGCCUUGAGGGAUGCUCGGAGCACAUGUGAAGGUGCAGGAAGCCUUUGAAUGCUGGCAGAUGGACUCGGGAGGAGCAGCCGUUGGGGCAGAACUGUUCCCAGCAUAUCCUUAUUGCAUCCAACUUGUGAGUCAAUUGGCAUUCCUUAAUGUUAUGUUUUUAGGAAUGAAGACUUAAUGUUUCCAUGGCCAGGCGUGAUACAGCAUCUGCUGUCGCUGAUGGAAACCACUUUAUCUUAACUGACUUUAUUCUGCUAGCAAGUCAGUUACAGAGAUUGGCCUUUCUGUUACCCUUCAUGGCCACGUUAAACUAUGCACACUGCAAAACCAGUUCCUCUGCAAAGCACUGAAAAUACCCUCGUUUCCCUCCCACCUCCUUAGUUCUGACCUGAACAAUUCUAUGGUCUGGCUUUGACAUUGUUAACAUGAGGCAGCAAAUGGAGAACUACAUAAAGGAGAGGCAGGGAGAUGAGUUUUCCCUGCCAGUACAGAUGGGUGAACUAAUUUUGUAUGAUUCCUUAGACUUGGUGCCUUGGAUCCAAUAACGUUUUGCAUGGGACAGAAACCUUGGGAAAUAAGUCAGGAAUUCCCCCCUCUGAAGCAGCAGACAGGCUUGUGUGGUUUUACAAGUCCUCAGCAGCACUGACAAGCUCAGAAAGAAGGAUUUGAGUGCGACAUGUCUGAACCCUGUGUAUUUGUACCCCUUCAAAUAACAGCUUAUGCAAAAGUGGAUUAGAGUUGGCUUUUUAGAUAAGAGUUCCCAUCGUCCUGGCAGUGUUUGCACAGGUUUCCCCUUAGCAGCCUGGCAAAUGCUUCCACACGUGAGCAGAACCCUGCUGUGGUUAUGCCUGUGUAAGUUUAACAUGCAAUAACUAUAGGUGUGUAUGGUGACCAAGUGUCCCUUCUUCGAGGUGAACAGCAAAAUCCAAGCUCUGAACACUGCCUUUGUGUGUGCAUCUAAUCCCUCCAGCAGGUUUCAGAUGGGACAGGGAGGACUUAGGUUAAGAAUUUAUUGCCUCUGGGAAUACAAAACCUCAAUUCAGUGGGGUUUUUGGUGUCUAUUACAUUAAUAUUGAUACCUGGCUACUGCAGAUAGGGGAUAUGAAGCAUUCUAGCAAGCUUCUAAGUUUAUGAACCCAUGUGUUUCAGUGAUCAAAAGCUACAUACAUCAGUUACCUGUGCCAAACAGUGAUCAUUUGCUUUUGGGCUGCUCCUGUUGUGUGUCCUUUUGCCCAGUGCACGUAGUGAUUGGGCUGCGUAGCUCCACACCUCCGAUGAGGAAUGGCAUCUUCAUAGUGAGUGUCCUCUUCACCUUACGUGUAUUAAAUGAUGUUAGUCGGCCUGGCCCUUAAAGCUAUUUCUUACUGCCUGCUUUAGCAGAUGUGUGAACUGCAGUAAUUUAUCACUGGCAACCCAGAGCCCAGAGUAAGAGAGAUUGGGUUCUGUUUUCCUCCCUGCUUAAUGUGAGCUUUGGUUAAGCGGUUACAAACAUCAAGCCACAGCCCUCUAUACAUCGAUCAAACAGCUUACAGGAAAGGAACAAGUGAAUGAGUUCGUUUUCAGUGAAACUUGUGUUUUGCAGGUCUGCCUUUCCAUAAGAGAAGCUUAAACACAGCUUAGAAACUUCAGGCAGCUGCUCCAAGGCAAGAGCUGCCUGCAUGAGUGCGGUGGGCUUGGGCAGGGGGCUGUGGGACUGCUCUGUUGACUGGAGGAAGGGCAGAACUGAAGCUAAUCGUCAGCACUUUCAGACAGUUAAUCCUGCUCCAAGUUAAGGUUGCUGGAAGGGGGCUGUUGGCAGAGGAUGAGGUUUCCCUCAGUGCGAAAUCCCCUUGGGAAAGCUGCACCUCUUCCAAGAGCUGGGGCUCAGGUGGGUUUCCUGGUGUUUUCAGUGGCUUCAAGUCAGAGCAGCCUCUACUUUGAGUUUCUGUUCCUCCCAUCCCUAUUGACUUAAGCUGAUGUGUGCCGUGCUGUGCUCGUGAACCAGACCUGGCUUCAAGGACACUUCCAGGCAGCAACAAGGGACAAGAGAAUCCGAUUAGCUCCUGAAUGUGGCUGGCCAUCCGUCCAGCUGCCUCAGAGCGCGGGGCACGCGCGCUGCUCCUUCAGUUCGUAAUUCAUUGUGCUCCUGAUCGUGGCUUCAGAUGCUUUUAGUUCAGUCGAGGGUUUGUUAAGACCACAGCCAGUAAGUCCCCUGUGGCAGCUUCAUGUACUUAACUGCAGGGACUGCCCCCAGCCUGACCCCCAGCCUCGGGAGAUUAGUGUGUUCCCAAUCAAAACAGAGAUUAACUAUAAAGUGACUCCGUGUUCGAAUUAAUCUCCUUUUCCUGCAGAAACUCCUUCUGUGUAACUUGGAUUAUCCCUACUUCAAAGGAACUUCCAUUUCUUUACAGGAUAGUCAAAAACCUGCUUUGAAAACAGCGUUUUUAGGAGUCUGUGUGUGGGGAGCGGAGCGAGGUCCCCCCCGGGGCAAGCGAGGGGCAGUUCUGUCACUAAACAUGAAUGUCUUACCCUAAAACCCAUGUGGGACUGUGCAAAGAACCUGCAGCCACAUGGCAAUCAUGCUGCCAUCCUGCUCAGGGCUGGGAAAUCCCUGUGCUCGACAAACAGCAUCCUCAAGGAGCUGUCAUGUAACGUAGCCAAAUCACAGCCACGGCUCCCACAUGGUGCUUCUGCUGUUGCCCAACGGCAAGUUUUAGGCUCAGCCCAGGGCACUAAAAUGCUAUGCAACACCAAAUGGCUUCUCCUUCCCACUUGCAGUCAUCAUUCCCUAAAGCAUCCCAGCGUUAUCUCAUCCAGACAUCACCCAGGAAACAUUUGGGCCUCGUCACAGGUUUGGUUUUCCCUUUGGAUAAGCAGCCGGUGGGGCUCGUGGCCACCCCAGGCCUGGACUCCCUUCCUUUGUCUUUGGGGUGUGGAAUAUAAAUCAUGUUUUUAUGAUUUUUUUGUAAAUCUUUACACUUUUUACACCUUGUUUUUUGUAAGCUGAAGUUUUCUUAUUAAAAACGACACAAAACCAGAA